GGUAGUUUUCUGUAACCUCGGUUUUGUUAUGAUUUUGCCUCAGUUGAUUGUACUCUUAAUUUUAGAAAUGCACUCAAUGUAAAAAAUGUUACAUGGUAUAAAUCAUGUUGAAUCCAAAACUUAACAUUUGUGUAUUAGCUUCCUUUUUUUUCUUUGGGACAUCUUCUGAAAUUGAAGAGUGUAAUUUUGUUUUGACUGUGUCAAGGAAUAUUAACAAGCUCGGUUUUCACAGGGAUUUGUCAUAUUCGUUUGAAUUAAUAACCAACGGUGUUUGGGAGGAAUGUCGACUUUGUAUAGAAGAGCAAAUACCGAAAGGUCUAUUUGUCAAUAUUAACCAAAUUGAAGAUCUUGAACGUUUUGGAAAGAUUUCUGCAUUAGUCAACGCAACAGAUAAUAUUGAAAAACCUGAAGAUGAGUCAGAGCCUCAAAAUGUCAAGUUGUAUACAAAUCUUACCCGAACUUUUAACAUUCUGACCUCCUCGGUCAAUCUUCCUUUUCAUUUCCGUUAUCAUGAGGCCCAACCAAACGGAGGCUUUAAAAAGGCUGUGAUCGGCCCUCCAUCUGUAUUCAUGACCUGCUUGCUAUCUCCAACUUUCUGUAGAUCUAAUAAUUUUGUGGAACUUCCUUGCUCUUCUGAAGUUCAACAAACGUGCUCGUUUCAGCCCAUGAAUUACCACAUUAAUUUAGAAUAUCUUGAAAUAGAUAUUCCAGUUGGUGAUACAAAUCAUUAUAACUUGGUGUUAUUUUUCACCUUAUUUGUCACAAGCUCAGGAGCAAUUUAUGUAUUAACAGUCAUUGUAAAUAAUAAAAGAUUUGAUUAAAA